AUUAUCUUUCAUAAGAUAUGCUUGUCUUGCAAAGCUCGGCGGAGUACUUACUUCGAUGACAGUCUGGUGGCUCUAGAAAAUUAUCGACUAAGCAUGGCGUCAAUAUCCAAGGCUGAGAAAGCCUACAUCCAAUCCUCCUUGCUGUCCGAUCCGCCGUUACGAGCAGAUGGUCGCGGUUUGAUAGAUUUUCGAACCAUAGCCCUCGAGUCUGGAAUCGCUCCCCUCGCAAACGGCAGCGCACGUAUCAGCAUCGGUAGAAACGCGCAGGAUGGUGGUGGAGGCACAGAAGUCGUAGCUGCUGCAAAAUUAGAAGUUGAGACUGUUGGCGAUAGUGAAGGUGUAGAUGGCGGAAGGGUAGUUUGCUCUGUGUCUUGCUCUCCGACUGCAUACCCUCUUCUUUCCUCAAAUGCCUUGGAUGACAUGCAGCAUGACAUGACGUCCGUUUUAAACGCCACCCUCUCUCACCCGACAAUCCGACCAAAAAACCUCGAUAUCUUACCCGGAAAGAAAUCUUGGUUGCUCAACCUUGAUGUCAUCAUAUUUUCUGACGCAGGGAACAUAUUUGACGCGAUUUUCAUGGCUGCACGCGCUGCUUUAUGGGAUACCAAGGUGCCCAAAACAAAAAGCGUUCAAUACCGCGCGAAGAAAGGCGAUCACAAUUCCGCAACCCAGGCAAUGGACAUGGACGUGGAUGAAACGGCCCAUGUCGGCAGCGCACUGGACACGCGACAGACAAUCGAAGUGGCUGAUUUCGAGCUUCCCGACUACUGGGACGAGGGCGAGCCCCUCGACGGAAGACAAGCAUGGCCAGUUUGUCUGACCCUCAAUUUGCUACCUACCUUGCAUUUCCUGGAUGCUACACUACAAGAAGAAGCAUCUGUGCCUUUAAAGCUCCUGGUGUUUUACUCCUUCUCGUCAGAUGUGACUCCACUGUUACGAGGCAUGCGCUUGCUUGGGACGGGCACAUCGGACCUUGCUCAGGUCAAAAGCUUGUUGAAGGACGGGGAGAAGUACUCUCGGAAUGUGUGGGCCGCCCUUGAAGGAAAGCUCAAGGACGAAGACCUCAGACGUAAUCAAAAAGCCAGAGAGAGGUUUCUUAAUAGAUAAACUUGCAAUCAUAUGGCAUUUUCACACAAUGACCCUUGACGAAGUAGUAAAUAGUAAGCGAUUUCAUGGCUUUUAAGCUUGUGAAUGUCGCUGCUGGACUAUACAGUAGUUGCCGCUUUCAUGCCAGUGACUCUGGGGAUCUUUGACCGCUGAUACAUCCAGGCACUAGCCUUAUUUGAAACCUGUUUGUCCG